AUGGCCGAUAAUCAGGACGUGGAUAAUAUCAGCGAUAUUUCGGAUUUUUCGGACGCCAGUGAUGGUCCGAAAAAAGUUGUUGCUGUCGUAGAGGAAGUAGUUGAAGAAAGCGAAAAGCCGCUGUACAAAGAUGAGGAUUUGGACAUGCUGGUGGAGUCGAUUCGUAGCAUGAUUAUUCUGUUCGACUACGAUGAGAACGAUUUCAGUGACAGUGUUACAGUGGUUGUCCGGCAAUGGCUUGUCGAUGCUAGUAAUCCGAUGUUGUUCAUAUUCUAUGAUGGAGAUAUUCUUUCGGCUUCCCUAGGGUUCCCUCUGUGCCCAUUCAUUGAUUUGAUGUAUUUUAUGAGAAAACCGGAACAAAUUUUUAACGUUGUUGAGCGUUUCCAUGAUGACAUAAUGUUUGGCAUGUUGCAGAGUGAUAUCGAAGGGACGCUGCUGGCAUUGGUGGAACAGUUCUAUAGUUCACUCUUUCUUUCCAACACCCAAUGGACGGAAAAUGUAAAAGGAAAAAUUUUAUCCGGCUACAAUACGUUUGCAACUAAUUUGACCGAGUUGCACUACAAAUUGUCUGGUUUGACAUUGCUUUACAUACCACGCGAAGGGAACGACAUGGAAGUUCAGGAAGUUGUCCUUAAUCGAUCGGUGAUAAAACGUCUUGAAGCCGUUAUAAUUGAUUGGACCGCUCAAAUCAGAUCUACUAUGAGCGAUACCGAGCAUACUGUGCCAGGUGAUCUAAUAUGUCCGGAGGACGAAUAUAAUUUUUGGCAAUACCGAUAUGAAGUUCUCUGUGCUAUCAAAACGCAAUUCCAGGAACCGAAUGUACAACAUAUUAUGAAAAUACUAGAAUUGGCUCAAUCUCUGUACACUAAACCAAUGCGAGAAGUGCUUUCCGAUCUUGGAAAAGAAAUUUUGAAAGCCGAAUCCAACAUCCCCUUUCUGAAACUUUUAGUUGAUCCAUGCUUUGCGAUUCGUACGCUGGAGACAGAAGACGAUCUCUGCUCACAGAUGAUAUAUGUUAUGCAUAUUAUUCGUUUCAUCGGUUCAAAUUCGACCUAUCUACGGGAGGACGAAAGCAUCACCAAGCUGUUUUUGUAUCUGAGCAAUGAAAUAGUGUCCUGCUGUGUGCAAAGUAUUGAUAUUAAUAAAAUUCUUACUGUAUCUCCACAGUACGGAAUUGAAAUUUGCAACACAAAAAUCAAUUGCUGUGAAUCGUACAAGAUAAUCUACGAGGAGAUGCUGGAACAUUACAAAAAGGAAUUUGCUUGGAAUCUGGAUUACGCAACAAUCUUCAAUAAAAUAAACGCGUUCAUUCAACGACUGGAUGAUGUACUGGAAAUCUGUGAUGCCAUGUUGAUCUUUGGCAAGUACAGCGAUAGUAAAUCGUACAAAAACUAUCGUUUUUCCUGUAACAAUGCUAAGGAAUAUGAGGAUAAGUGCGACCGGGUUGAAAAGAUCUUCGCCGAUGGAAUUGAAGUUAUUCAAUCGGUUGCGGGAAUCAUCCUGGAUAUUAACAACAAGGAGUGGUACAAACAUAUAGCAACGUUUCGAGAAAUGCUCAUGAAGCUGGACGACAUAAUAGAAAACUUGCUCUCCAACGUAUUUUUGAUGACCGAAAACCUAGAGGAAAAGGUAGACGUUCUUAUAACGCUGCUGAAUUUCUACAAGCGCGAUAGUAUCAAGGAGAGUUUUUCCAGGAAAAUUGUUGAAGUGUGGAAAAUAUUUCACGCUGAGCUAAUCAUAUUGUCGAAAGAAGUAUCGUCCGGCAUAAGCUGGUACCCUUCGCUGCUGUCGGAACACACAGGGCAAUAUAUUAUGUUGAAAAUAAAAUUUGAACGGAUUAGUCGAUUGAAGGAUCUACUGGAGCGAUGUAGAUUCUUUCCUCAUUUUGCUGAAAGUGAUGAAGCACUAACGUUGUUCGAGUCGUGUGAAAAGCAGGUUAAAACUGCAUUAAAGGGUUUCACUGACAGCUGGGUCAAAUCCAUUAAUCCGGACUACGGAACGUGGUUGAAUAGAAAUCUUGUUAGUCGAAGUCAAACACGUCCAGGAUUGUUAGAGUGCCAUAUUGAAAGGCGCUUGCUGGUGAUCAUUGAUGAAGCACAUUUUUUCAAAGCAGCAGGUGCUACCAUUCCAAGCAUUAUCGACAUGGAAAAAAAUGAAGUCGUGAAGCAAACAUUUGACAACGUUCUUCGGAUUGUUAUCUAUUUCAAUGAUGUAGUUUCAUCAGUUUCUGAAAAAGAACGAUUAUUUUUCAAACCCAUGAUUCAACAAACUGAAAGGAAACUUGAGCCGCUGAGAAGUAAACUAACGUGGGACGAUGACUUGAAUGAAUUUAUCGAUACGUUUGUGAUUAACGUGAAAGAACUUCUGGACGUAAUUCAAAUUUACAAGCAAGAGAAUAUUAAAAUAGCCCGUCGGAUGGAAACCAUCUAUCAGCUGUAUUUAUUUGACAUAAACAAACCGCAGGCGCAGCCACUGAAAGAUCUACAGAAAAACAUAAGCGACCAAAAGAAAGGUUCGAUUUCGGAACUUGUCCGAGUAUUGUCGGAGAUUAGUAAGAAUAUAUUCUGUAUAUUUGAGAAUUUGGGUUCUAACAUACGCAGAAUGACAGUUAGUUGGGCUCAGUACGUACAGAAGAUCGAUCGGUUGCUCAAAGCGGCAAUAUUCAAUUCGGCUUUUAUCACACUAGAGAACGUCGAAAAAGCUCUGACAAGCAACCCGUUUGCAUUUCUCAGAGUUGAGCUAGUGCUGGCAAAAAACGGUAUUACCUUCUACCCAACAAUAGAAUCGAUCCAAACCGCUCUCAAACGACUGCCCGCAGAAGUGACGUCUACCAUAAAAAUAAUUCCCAGCAUGUGUCAAAAAUUUCAAAUUGAUUCGGAGCAAAACUUGUACGAAGAAUUUAUGCAAGACGUUACAUAUCUGAAACUAGACGGAAGCAUUCGACAAGCGAUUGAUACAACCGUGGAAGCGCUACAGGAAUUCAAGGAAAAAUGGCAUGUAUUUCGUCCAUUUUGGUGUGUGAAUAGAACUGCUUUCAUCGAAAAGUUCAAGCUAUCCAGUAUGACGGCGGAAUCGUUUCAAAAGAAUAUUGAAAAAUUCGAGGAACUUCUUAACCAACUUGCAAAACAAAAUGAUAUAACCGUUUGCAAGUGCAUCGAGGUGGAUGCGCUGAAGCUCAAGUAUGCCAUAACAAAUCACAUUCAUGACUGGCAAAAUAAAUAUAUUGAGUAUUUGAAAUGUAUAUCCUAUGGACGUAUUAUUGAGUUCAAUAAAACGCUGAAUGCUAACAUAGAAGCACUGAGUCUUGAACCGAAAGAAGUGGAAGAGCUCAAGCAACUGGAAGCAACGUUCAAAAAUUGUUAUGAUUCCAUUCCCGACAUGCGGACUGAGAUUAAAACCAUCGAAAAUUAUUUCGACGUAUUAGAAAAAUACGCAUCUGAUCUACUACCGGAAGCAUCCAAUUUGAGGAAAAAUAUACACCAAAUAUGGAAGCGUUAUAUGGAUUUCAUAAAUCAAACGAAGGAGCAAAUAGAAAACUACCAGAAUCAAUUCAAGCUGACAAUGGCGGAAGAGGUUGCCGCUCUGAAAGUGAAUGCCAUUGAGAUGCUGAAACUGUUGGAUGUAACCAUGCCGAUCAGUGACGACCUGCGACCUGAAGAAGCAUUCCCCAUGCUCGAUGAAUUGUUCCGUCAAUUGGAAGAACUACAAGCUCAAGAACGUAUCAUUAAGGCAAAAAUGGAACUCCUCGGCAUAGAAUAUCACCCAUUGGAUGUCCUUAUUACCAUUCGCAAUAAGCUGGAAACCAUGCAACGUAUAUGGCAAUUUGUGGACGACUGGAUUAAAGCGAAAGACAUAAUGUUCUGUCAAAAAUAUGUGGACCUAAUCGAAAGAUUUGAUAUAAUCGAUAGUUCUGAAGCAAUUGUUAGCAAACUAAAUGAUUUAAAUUCCAAACUAGUAGAGGAUGUUACUUAUCCCAUCUACAUAACCACACAGCUGGAAGUACGCGAAUUUGAAACAACAAUUUCAGUAGUCAUAGAUAUGAAGUCAUCCCAGCUACGUGAAAGACACUGGAUGGCAAUUUCCGACAUUCUAACUAGAGAAUUGCUUGCUGAAGCUGAGCUACUCCUAAGCGACCUUAUCGGUUACUGUUUGUUUCGGCAUGUUCGAGCUCUGAAAAGGGUUUGCUAUGCUGCACGCAAAGAGUACGACAUUGAGCUGGAACUGGAAGCAAUUGAGAAGGACUCGAACCGAAUUCACUACAGCAUCGUCACUAAUGAUGAAACCUUCAGGAUUGUUGAUCCGGAUAGAUGUUUUUCUAAAAUAGAAAAUAACAUCAUGAGAAUAAUCCGUGUGCAGCAAUCACAACAUCGCUUGCCAUUUGAAGAUAAAAUUAAUUAUUGGGAAGAAACGUUGAAUUUUAUGAAGGAUUUGCUCGAAUGUUUGCUGCUGAUUGAGGAAGAAUGCGGUUCAUUGAAUAACGUUUAUCAAAUUACGUCACUUUCAGCGGAGCUGGCUGAUUUUAAUGCAAGUUUUGAGUCAUGCUAUGACGAUUGGGCCUCUAUGAUGAAUUUUAUUCGCAUGGCAAAUUUACGUGAGGAAAUUUGUCACACAGGUAGUACAAUGUUAGAACAAGCGGAAAUGCUAAGAAAACGAUUUGAGUCUUUGACCCGAACGUUGGAAACUAUAUUGGAAAACUACAGGAACACGUUCACUCGGUUCCAUUUAAUAUCCGACCAGUUACUGAUCAAACUGAUCUCGUAUCCGAAGGAUUUUGAACUCCUAAAUCAGGCAAUGAAUCACAUGUUUGAGAACAUUAGUAUGUUAUUGCUAAGGCAGCUGGAUAUUCCUCAUAGAAGCAUGGAAACUGAAAUUACAGGAGUCCACCUGAAUAUAACUGAGAAGAUAGAUUUCGUAAGACCAAUCAUGCUGAGACCAGCAUCGACUUGUGCUUCCAUAAUGAUCGAGGUGGAACAGUCUAUCCACGAAGCAUUGAAAAACUUGUUACGCGAUUGCUUGCUACACUUGAAGAGAGCCUUUUUUCGCCGAGUUGAAAGUGGUUGGCUUCAGAAGUGGAUCCUGCAGAUGUGCAUCAAGAGUGCACAAAUUGAAAAUACGCUUCACAUUAGAAGUGCUCUGCUACAGGCCGAGCUGCUGGGUAAACCGAAACCCCUAAGAAUGCUACGUACGAUGCAUAAUAGGCUGUUAAAAGAACUGAUAGAUUCAACGAAAAGUCUAGAAAGCGAGCAAACUAACUCAUUGUUAAAAACAAAAUUACAUUAUUUGAUUGUAACCGAGAUAAACAAUCGGGAUGUGAUAGAUUCUUUGAUUCGUGACAAAGUCGCUGGAUUAAACAACUUCGAAUGGCUUUCGCAAAUUCGUUCCAACUGGAACGAACAAACGGGAAUAUGUUCAAUCAGCCAUAUUGAUUGUUCCUUCAAUUAUGGAUACGAGUGCAAACCCUCGACUAAUCCGUUGUUUGUUACACCUCAAACGAGUCGGUUAAUCAUGUCAAUAACGAGUGCAAUGAAGAAUAAAUUUAUUCCGUAUCUAAUUGGCAACAAUGAAGAUGGAACCCACGUACUCGAAGAACUUUCAACCGAAUUGGCAGUAUUUCAUGUUACACUUCGGUGUGAUAAGGGUUGGAGCAUGAAAACGAUUUCCCGAUAUAUAGCUGGAAUUUUCAAACUACAAGCAUGGCUAAGUUUCAGUGCGGUGGAAAAUAUGCCAUCCCAAAUACUCACAAUAACAAACGAAUUUAUUAAAAAUUCCUUCGGUAAAAGAGACAAACGAAGUACCUUGAAUCUGAAAGAAGCUAAAAUCGGUACUCAGUUUCAAUUGUUUGCACUUACCGAUGAAUACUCGGCCAUAGUGCCGAGUCUCGAUCGAACAGUUCUGCGACCGGUUUAUGCAGUCCUUCCCGAUGAAGAGAUAGUGCUGCAAAACAUGUUAUGCUCUAGCGGGCUCAAAGCAUACCGACCGAUUACCGGUGCGUUGAAAGUGUUUCUGAAACAUAUUCAAUUAAAUUUUGACGACAAACUGCAGUUGUGGAAUUUCAAAACCAUCCGAAAUGCUUUGAAGCGUAUUGUAGGAAUUUCAACGGAUCAUGUACAAACGGAAAGUGAGAUCGUAAUUAUGGCCCUGCGGGAGGAAUUUUCACCAGGCAUGUCCGAACAUGAAAAGGAGAUAUUCGACAAGUGCAUUUCAUUAGUUUUUCAAAUGGACCUCAACAAAAACGACGAAGAAGGAUUGAGAUCUAGCAUCUAUCACUUUAAUACACUUUUCGAAGAGUAUCAAAUCAUUCCAACUGAAUAUCAGUUGUCUAAAAUGGAAGAAAUUAUGCGCAAGUUGUCUUGCCACCGACCAAUGCUUUUAACGGGUGAAUCCUUCUGCGGCAAGUCCCUUCUACUGAACCUAUCUUUAAAGGCAUUAGGUGAUAGUGAUAACAACAUCAAACAAUAUCACAUCAAUCCACAUAUUCUGGAAGCUACGGCUGAUAAUGGUGAAUCAUUCAAUCGAUCGAAAUUUGACGAAAUGAUCGGCAGAAUCAUGGAUUCGGAGAAGCACGGCCGAAAGUGUUUAAUAUUUGAUGCGGUAGAUUUGCAGCCCUGCUGGGUGGAUUGCAUAAGCACCCUUCAGGACCGUUUUGUAACAAACGGGCUAACCAUUUUGACUAAUAGAACGCCGGACUUGAGAGUCGUUGUUGAGACAGAGAAUCUUGCCAAUGCGACUCCAUCUUUGGUAACGAAAUUUGAGAUUGUUCACAUAGAUCACAGGUUAACGACGUGGAAGGAACCAUUUCUUUCCUGGUUAUCGUACACCACUUAUUUGACAGCCGAUUGCAAGCCAGAGCUUGAAGAGUUUGGUUGCAAGUGUUUAGAAAACUUCUUUAGCUUCCGCUCGGGCUGUAACAUUUCUCCAAAAUAUUCGGACAUAAACGUGAUCCAAACAUUUUGUCAAUUGUACGAUUCAAUCGCAGAUAGCUGGAAUGUAGAGGAAUUUCUCACAGAUGAAAGUAUCAGAAUGGAGGCUUUCAGAAAAUUAUUUUUCUUCUGCUGCCUAUGGUCGGUUGGAGCAUCCAUGAAUGAAGCCGACCGUGAAAAGUUCGACAUAUUGGUUCGGGAGCAAGUCUCCGACAUCAUAACGCCUUUUCCUUUAAAGGGUAAUGUGUUCCAAUAUUUCAUCCAAAUUGCUAAUAAUUCUUCUACGUGGGUUUUGUGGAGUGUUGAACAAAUUGAAAAUAACGGAGUUGACGAUGGUCACUUCAUAAAUACACUCGAGAAUGUCUCCUACCAGUUUAUUGUGGGAAAAUUAUUACCUAACUCAAAACCAGUUCUAAUCACUAGUGAGAACACGGUAGGAAAAAGUCUGAUGAUUAAGAAUGUAAUAGCAGUCAAAGACUCGGAGAAACAAAUAAACUGCAUAAGUAACUUAACUUCAAACACCCGCGCGGAGUGGAUGCAAAGAAUACUGUCGCGAUAUUCGAUCAACGUUGCCAAAGGCUUGGUUUACCCAAGAGAACGCAAACAGUUGAUUUGGUUCUUGGACGACUUCCACUCAGUUUUCGACCAAAACGACGUUCAAACAACAGAAUUUCUACGAAAUCUUAUCGAUAACCAAUUUUGCGAAGAGGCUCUAUCCUACAUUUUUAGCAGAAAAAUAGCGAUACAGACUCGUACUAACGUUUCAGGCCCGUUGCUUAAAUCCCUGGCACCGGCAACCGUUGAAUUGAUCCAAAGUUUGUCGGUCCGAAUGCCGCCAACUCCCUACAAACCGCGGUAUCAAUUUUCCUUGAAAACAAUCGGACGAAUUUUGGACUCAUUUUGCAGGAUGAGUACCGAGCGGGAUGUUACCGAGAAGAGUUCAUUGCUUAGACUUUGGAUUCACGAAUGCUAUCGCGAAACGUGGGACUUAUUGGAGAGGGCGGAUCACAAGAAGUUUUACGAGAUUUUUAAUGAUACUGUAUCGAAAUAUUUUGAAGCCACGCUGCAUGGUCUAUGCCCGGGCAACAGGAGCCCUUCGUUUUGUGCUAUAUCUGAAGAUGGAGGAAGUUACGAAAACAUGCAAGAUCUUAAGCAAUUUGUGCGCUUCACCGAGACUUGCAUGGAAAUAAAGCAUUGCAACGUAAUUGUUCAUCAAACGGCAGUAGAACAUGCUGCCAAAUUACUCCGAAUUUUCCGAAAUGGAAAUGCACACAUGAUUUUGCUGGGUGGAGCUGGUAGUGGUCGCACAGUGAUUUGCAACAUUGCAGUAUCGAUUUUCAACUAUCACCUUGAAAACUCCAAGUCCACCGAUGAGCUGAAGCUUUCGUUAUAUCGCCUGAAUAUAAAAAGUACCGACAACUUGGAAACGGUAGAAAGACGAUUGACAAAUCUUUUCGAUAGCUGUAAACACAAUCGAAUACUAUGUCUGGUGCUGGCUGAUCGAAAGGAUAGGACAAACGAACAUAUGCUGGAAAUCUUAAAUAGUAUUGCUACAAAUGGCACUAUCGAUGGCUACUAUCCCUGCUCGAAUUUAAAUCAAGAUUGGACGAAAAUCAGAGACAAUCUACACUUUGUUGUUUGUGCCCCAGUGUGCAUUGAGCAGUUCCGAAUAUUCAAAAACCGAUUUCCUUCGUUAUGUGCGAGUGUCACCAUGAGCUGUGUGCAUCCUUUAACGGAAAAAAGUCUAGCUGAAAUAUCGAAAAAAUUCUUGAAACGAAUAACGCUUGACCGUCCCAUACUGCUUAGAAAGGACAACGGAAUUCAGCCAGAGCGGAUGCGAGAAAGUUUAGUCCAGAGCACCGAAGAACGCUUACAGGUGGCAACGACAGACGCGCUUUCCCGAAUUCACUCGGUAGUAAUGACCGAUGUACCGAAAUACUCCCCAAAAUUGAAUAUACUUUGCAGUUGGUAUUUCGAGAUGCUACAUGCAUUUGAGAGGGUUCUUCAAUGGAAACGAAAUAAUUUAAGUUUGGAAUACGCUAAAUUCCACAAUGGAAUUCAGGAAAUAAUAGAGGCCACUCGAAACGUAACACUGCUGCAGCAGGAGCUAGAAAAACAGCGAGAAACCAUAGCGGAAUAUCAAGCUGAGCUAGAAGAGUUUAUCAAAAACAUUGAACAACAAACGAUCGAAGCAGAUGAAAAACGUCAGGAGGUUGCAGUUAAGCGCGAGCGAAUCGGUGCGGAAGAAAUUGUCUGCAAACAGUUGGCAGACGUAGCGGAAGCGGAUUUGGAAAAGGCCAUGCCAGCCCUAAACAGUGCCAUAGCCGCUCUUGAUUCGCUAAACAAGAAGGACAUGAAUGAGAUAAAAUCGUACAGUCGGCCACCGGUGAAGGUAGAGCAAGUCCUUAAUGCUGUAAUGAUUCUGCUGGGAAAAGAGCCCACGUGGGCUGAAUCAAAACGGCAGCUGGGAGAGCAAAAGUUUUUGGACACUUUGCGGAACUUCGACCGGAACAAUAUCGGCGAAAAGACGCUGAAAAUAAUUGGAACCUACGCCCGGAAUCCUGAUCUGGAACCGAACAAAGUUGGAGUUGUGUCGAAGGCAGCUAAAUCGCUCAUGCUAUGGGUGAAAGCGAUCGAAAACUAUGGCAGAGUUUACAAGUAUGUUGGACCGAAAAUCAGAAAAAUGGAAGACGCUAGAGCGUCGCUGCUUGAAAAACAAAAUGCGCUGUUAAAAGCAGAACAAGAACUGGCCGAACUAGCAGAGAAACUAGCACUUCUACGAAGUGAAUAUGAGUAUAAAAUGAAGUGCAAGCAAGAGCUUGAAGAAGCCGCCAGACAAAUGGCUUUAAAACUGGAAAGGGCUAAAGAACUGAUAAAUGGACUAGCUGGUGAAAAGAUACGAUGGACAAAUACUGCGAACAAUUUACGGAAAGUUUAUUCGAACGCGAUUGGAGACACGCUGCUAGCGGUAGGAUGUCUCACAUAUUUCGGACCUUUGCCACCCACAAUCCGAACUUCCAUCCUGAAGCAAUGGAAAAUUGACGUGGAAGCCCUUGAAAUACAAUUUACCGAAAAUUUUGUACUGUUUGAGCAUCUAUAUGAUUCGAACACACUGGAAACAUGGCAAGAUCAGGGUUUUCCAAUUGAUGAUCUUUCACUGGAGAAUGCUGCUAUUUUACUCAACAGCACCAUUCGGCUGCCAUUUGCAAUCGAUCCGCAGGGUCAAAUUCAUCAAUGGUUCAAUCAAAUGUACUGUACUGGGGGUAUGGUACAAUGUGAUUUUGACGAGGAUAUCACGAGGAGAUUCAUAGAAACGACAGUAUGCGAAGGCAAUCCGCUUCUAAUUUACAAUAUUCAGCAGCAUAAUGUGUUUAACCUAGAUGAUUUGCAUGAUGUUUACACGCAAGCUAGUGAGAAAACAUGUGAUAACAUAAAAAUUGAAAAUGAGACUAUCGACUCCGUGAACGAUGAUAAGAAGCAUAAUAUGUACUUAAUCAGUAAUAAGAAUGUAAUAUCGGACAACUCUUUGCUUAAAGUCGUUAAUGUUGUUAACUUUAUUGUCGGAUUACGUGGAUUAGAAGAAAAGUUACUUGCUAUAGUUGUGGAACAUGAAAUGCCCACCCUGGAGGAACGAAAAGAACAAUUGAUGCGCACGAUAUCGACCAAUAAGAAAACUUUGAUCGAAUUAGAGGAGAACAUUCUGUACAUUUUGAAUAAUAGCACCGUGCCGCUUUUAGAUAAUGAAGAUUUGUAUAAAACAUUGAAUUUCUCAAGGAAAACUUCCGAAGAAAUCAAUUCCGGAUUGGAAAACGCCGAGAGGACUAGGCAAGAGUUGGAAACAUCCCGAGAAGCCUACAGCCCAUGUGCAACGAGGGCGUCACUGUUGUUCGAUGUCAUCGACCGAAUGAAGCGAGUGAAUUCGUUCUAUUGGUUCUCUUUGGAUUGGUACUUUACGCUGUUUCUACAAUCACUAGAGAAAAGUUCCAGAUCUCAAAACGUAGAGGAACGUAAGAAAAGGAUUAACGAUUUUCAUACGUAUAAUGCUUUCAGAAAUGUGUGCUUCGCACUGAAACAACCGGAUCAAAGAAUUUUUGCAUUUUCUCUGUGCGCUUCUCUGCUGUACGCGAACGAAGAGUUGAAUGUCCGAGAGUACAAUUUUCUUCUGCAUGGCGCUGAAAAAAUCGAUCGUCUUGAGCAAGCGGAAAAUCCUAGCCCCGAAUGGAUAUCACAGGUACAGUGGGACAAUAUAACGGAAAUUGACAAAAUUCCUGGCUUUCGGGGAAUUAUUCAAUCGUUGGAGGAAGCGAACGACGCAUGGAAGUCUUGGUACAUGGAAGUAUAUCCGGAGUGUGAAGACCUGCCCGGUUCGUGGGAACGGAAUCUCAGCAAAUUUCAAAAAUAUCUGUUGGUUCGCAGUCUUAGACCCGAUCGAUUGGAAGCCUGCUUGAGCAAUUUUGUAAGGCGUAAUCUUGGAGUAAAAUUUGCUGAAUACAUUCAUGUCAGCUUGAAAGAUAUAUUUAGUCAGUCAACCGUGGUGACACCUAUAUUGCUAGUGUCAUCUGCUAGUAGGAAUCUGUGGAAUGAAGUGCAAGCUUUGGCUGAAAUUGAAAAUGAAGGAAAAGUGCACUUUCUGAAUGCCAAUACCGUGCCAAUAGCUGCUAUUAUUAAUGAUUUGAAAAUGUGCGUUGAAAGCAAUCGAUGGUUGUUUAUACAAGAUUGCCACAAAUCGAAAUCAAUAAUGUUCCAGCUCACUCACAUAGGAAUAAAACAACAUGUACAUUCAGUUUACGAACAUGUGGGUGAAAAGACUUUCAAGAAAAUUGCAAAAAACAAACACAAUAAACUACUUCGCAAGCUGUUAUUUUCUUUGGCGUUCUUUCAUUCAAUAUUUGUCGAAAGGAAAAAAUUCCAAACUUUAGGAUGGUUGAACCAUCAUUAUUCAAAUCUUCUGGAUUUUCAGAUGUCGAAAAAAAUACUUCUUUUUUGCAUUGAUUCAAUGAUGCCAGUGAAGGGCACUGCCAACAGCGCGGAACCUAAUAUUGAGGACAGCACCGGUGUAUAUGUUAAUUCCGUUGUAUGGCAUUUUAUAAAGGCCGCAUCUGUUGAGGUUGGAUACGGCGCACACAUUCGCAACGAAUGGGAUCGCAGGAUAUAUGACGUCUAUUGUGAGGAAAUUUUUCGACCACAGAUAGCAGCAACAAGCUCACAUUGCACAUUGGUGCCGAAUGAUUCAUUGUACUGUUACCCACGGGACGGAAACUAUCAAGCGUGCAUGAACUUCAUCAACAAACAAAUUCCCGCUACCGACGGAGUGAACGUGUUUGGACAAAACGAAAAUGCAGCCAUCAAAUACAUGGAAUCCCAAUCGAUGUACCUACUGCAAACCCUGUCAAAAAUUGAGAUUGGAGUAGCCGAAACAGAAAGUGGUAGUCAAAGCGAACAAAAAGUUGCAAUAGAUUAUAAAAGCGUGAAGCAUGCAGUCUCAGAACUGCUGGCAACACUUCCCGUUCAUCUGGAUUACGACAAUGCAGCCAAAAUAGUUGGAGCAAACAGAACACCGGUGAGCGAUUGUUUGCUGUGUGAAAUUUCAACUUACAACCGAACUGUGGAAUUGGUUAACCAAAACCUCAAGCAAAUAAUGGUUGUGCUAUCCGGGGAAUAUCCCAUGACCGACGUGUACUAUCGUUUGAUUAUUAAUGUUCACAAGAACAGAGUACCGACGGAAUGGCUCACGUAUCCUACAGACAACUAUUUAUCGGAUUGGGUGAUGAAUUUGAAGGACAGAGUUGAAUACUUUAGAAAAUGGUCUGAAACCGGACAACUGUCCACUGAUAUUAUCUUGGGACGGUUUAUAAAACCUAAACGUUUUCUCAACAGUGUCCUAAAGUUAUAUGCCGUCACGCACAACAUUCCUGUUCUUGAUCUGACGUGGAAUGUGAUUCCUUACAACACAAUGAAACCAUUGGUUCAGAUUUCAAUCACAGAAGGGUUCACCCUUCGAGGAGUGCACCUGGAGAACGCUAGUUGGAAUCUGGAAAAACAAUGCCUACGACGGCCAAGAAUAUUGGAGAUGGUUUGUCCAAUGCCGCCAAUAGCGGUCAAGCCCGUCCAACGUGGCGCCGCUAGGAGGCGAAGCACUGCUACAUAUGUUUGUCCCUGUUUCUACGAUAAACAUAGGAGGGAAGAGGACUUCGUGAUGGCUGUGCCCCUCAAUUGUGGGGAGACUGACGAAGGUACUUGGAUCAAAUAUUAUACGGUUUUAUUGUUGAAUAAAUGA